AUGGCCGACUUUGGCGAAUAUCCACCGAGCAUGGCGCCUGGAGAUGCACUCGUCGUCCGAAAGCAAACUGCAAAGGAUCAUGCAGCAGUCGCCUAUUCCCGUGAGAGCUUAGAACGUCCCCAGACUGGCCCAGCAAAUCCUUUUAGGGAUGACUCAACUGCCAAAAAGCGCAAAAAUAUUCUCACAGGUCAUGCGGAGGAAACACUGUUGAGUGAGCACACAUUUCGAAGCAAGCAUAGAGCGAUAGAGAGGACCGGCGGACCGGAACGAGCGUAUCAAAAUGGUGCCGCACUGAAGGAAGAAGCCGCGCGAUUACGAGCCACACGAGAAGCAAAAGGGGAUGCUACGGUGGUGGAAGGAGCUGGGUCCUAUGUUGGUCCAUGGGCCAAGUACAAAAGUAAAGAGCGCGAGAGGAUGAAUGAUGGGGCAGAACUUCGCAACGACGAGGAAUACGAGGUCCUAGACGAUGCAGGAGACGACGACGACGUGGUUGAGAGUGGAACAGUACUUCAAGCACCAGACGCGGCCCUUGCGCGACGGAAGUAUGUGGCAGAGUUGGGGGAUGAGACAACAACCUUUCAUGGCUCUGAACAGUACGACUACCAAGGGAGAUCGUACAUGCAUGUUCCUCGUGAUUUGGAAAUCAAUCUACAGAAAGAACUUGGCAGCAUGACCAACUACAUACCAAAGAAACAGAUCUUUUCCUGGAAAGACCAUACUAAAGCCGUCACCGCGUUGCGCUUCUUUCCUAAUUCAGGACAUUUAUUACUUUCCGCCAGUGCCGAUACGACUGUAAGGAUUCGAGAUGUCCAUCACGACAGAAUGCUAUUAAGAACAUACUCAGGUCACACCAAAGCAAUUUCAGACUUGUCUUUCAAUUACUCCGGUACGCAGUUUCUUUCUGCCUCCUACGACCGCAUGAUAAAGCUCUGGGAUACAGAAACAGGCACCUGUAUUAGCAAGUUCACCACGGGCAAGACCCCUCACGUCAUCAAGUUCAACCCCGACCCAGAGCACAGCGCUGAGUUUUUGGCCGGAAUGUCGGACAAGAAGAUCGUUCAGUUUGAUGUGCGAGCACCUAAGGAUAUCGUCCAAGAGUAUGACCACCACCUCGCUGCAAUCAACACAAUUACUUUUGUGGACCAGAACCGUCGUUUUAUAACCACUUCGGAUGACAAAUCCCUUCGUGCAUGGGACUAUAACAUCCCCGUACCGAUCAAAUACGUUGCUGAGCCCGACAUGUACCCAAUGACGAACGCAGCGCCUCACCCGAGCGGAAAAUAUGUUGCAUACCAGAGCUCUGAUAACCAGAUUCUUGUAUACGGGGCCAAUGAUAAGUUUCGUCAAAAUCGGAAAAAGAGUUAUAGGGGCCAUAAUAAUGCUGGACUGGCCAUAGACUUGGAUUGCAGUCCGGACGGACAAUUCCUAGCUUCAGGAGAUUCGGGCGGUUUCAUAUGCUUCUGGGAUUGGAAGACGUGCAAAAUGUAUCACAAAAUCAAGUGUGGCAGUCAAGCUGUGACAUGCGUCAGGUGGCAUCCGCAAGAGACGAGCAAAGUCGCGUCGGCGGGUAUGGAUGGUGAAAUUCGAUAUUGGGAUUAG